CGUCAAUACGCACAACUUUCAACCCGAGUUUUGUUGUGAAAUACAUCCCCUUCUGCAACAGCCAAAGACGUUGACGCCAUUUGGAAUGGGCGGCAGAUAUUAUUGUGAUUACUGUGAUUGCACGUUUCCUGACAAUGCAGCCAACAGGAAAAAUCACAUGGAUGGAAGUGUGCAUCAACAGAACAAGAGAAUGUAUUAUGCAGAAAAUCGAAAAUCGCGAACGAAACCACCGUGUAAGCAGUUCAUGCAGAACCAAUUUUGCGAAUAUGGACCAAACUGCAGAUACUCGCACAUUAUGUUUGACAGAUUUACUGGUCAACCUAUCCUUCCAACUCAGACGAUACCUGCGUCAAAACCUCAACCUUCAGUACGAUACGAGCUUCCAAAAGGCUGGAAGGCAAGAGAGCUGACGCCUUCAUUGAAACCACCGCCGAGAAAGGGUUAUGACUGGACUCAAGUUGGCCAUUGGGGCUAAAUAGAAGCCUAACGAGAGUGCCGUAUGCCUCAUUACUGACCUAUUAGCUGGGCUACCAACUGACGCACGCACUGUCGCACAUCCAUGACCCACAAGAAUGCUAGCAAGUCAAUUCAUUGACCAAUUGAACGCUUAAUGAUGCGCUUG